AUGCUAAAGGGAAAAGGAAAGGCCAGGCAUCCUGAACCUUCAGAACAAACACCCCUGCUACUACACCACAGUGACGUUGCUCCCAGUCAACCACGUGUUACUGACGACGAAGAUGUUGACAUUGAAAGCAGCUCAGACGCUCGGCAAAGGCUUUGGUCCAAGCUUACAUUUGUUUUCCUGUCAUCUCUGGCUUUCUGCAUCGUAAUAUUUCUGCUGCUUGCUCUGGUGGCAUACUCCUAUGCUGCCAGGUUGUCGGACGUGUCCCCAGAAGACGUCUUAGAGAAUGCGCUGGUGAUACAAGGGCCGUACCAGGUGAACGUACUCAACUUCACAGCAGACGGCGGGACAUGGAUACGAGUGCGAGGAAGAGUCGGAAUCGAUGCAGGAUCAAUCAUGGGAGUCGAUACGGAUAAUGACGAGGGAACAUUCUACGACUUGUGGAAGUCAUUCGGUCGCUGGAGCGUCAAGCGUCUGGAUAGAGUUACAGUGGAUGUUUCUACCGCUCAAAUCUUCUCUCAGCGACAUGCACUCUUAGCCACGAUCGAUUCCCCACCAUUUGAACUUCCUCUCACCGUGAAUCCCCCGUAUGGUGAUUCGUGGUUAUCCCCUUUGUCUUUAACUCUUUUUGUCGUCCCCACCCGCAACGCGUCCGAUAUGAACCAAUUCGUACAUGAUUCCUGGCAUUCCGGUGCUGCGUCUGUACAUGCUUCUAUUCCUAGCGUGGUCGUCUCAGGGGGCUCAACGAACAAAGGCGGUUGGAGGCGAAUGCUCAGGCUCCAGAGAUUAAAUAUACAAACUCAGCUGUCCAUGAAGCUUCCGCCGAUCCCUGGCUUGCCCACCCCAGGCGAGGACGUACCACUACCAUCCGUUUCGCAGCUGAUCACGUUGCAGUCUUUCGGCGUGGAGUCUGAAGCUAAAGACGUGACUGUGCAUGCCCUUGCGACUGUCAUCAAUCCCGUGCCAUCCAUAAUGAAUCUAACUGCACCCUCACUUCCAUUCAUCAUUUCGCUCCCGGGCGAAAAUCAUUCAUCAGUACCAGUUGCAUCGGUCCACACCGACCCAUUCACGCUGACCCACCCCAACAUCACGCUCGCUAUCUCCGGCAGCGUUAUCCCCCUGCCACCUCACCCUUCUGCAUCCAUCUCCGCUUUCAUAAGUAGAUACCUCUCCCUCGAACCUAAUCCCGUAUUUGUCGCAUGUCCACUAUUCCCAUCUUUCGCGGUGGAGAUGGAAUUUCCGCCCCCCAAUUCCAAACCACAAAUACUCCGCAAUGUAACAAUUCAUGACAUGAAGAUCAAACCCAACUCUGCAGGCAACGGUUUUCUUGCUAGUGGUACGGUGUUCGGUCGCAUAGUGCUUCCUAAAGGAAUGGACCUUACACUGGAUGUUACCCGGCUAUUUCCUGAUGUUCUGGUCUUCGAUGGGGAAGUCCAUGAUUCGCCUUCUCUUCUUUUGCCCCAACAUAAAGAGGAAGAAGAAUUACCGAAUCCACUUCCAGAACGCGCGUUUGGUCAUAUACAACCUGAAGAUUGGCUGGAAGCGACAAGUAUUCAAGUCGACGCUGAAGGAGAAGGCUCCAUAUUCGCAGUCACCGCAGAUAUGGUCGAUGUACCGUUGGAGGUGCUUCCUGGUCGGCAGAAACAAUUCAGCAAUUUCAUCAGCAAGGUUGUGUUCGGCUCCCAUGGCGCAUUGGCUGGCUUGCAGGGAACUACUGAUGUCGGGGUACACAUCCUUGGGUUACCGUUCCGUGAUCAUGAAGACACAACUACUGGAAUGGAUCUUUUGGGUUUGCCCUUCCAGGGGAGCGUGCGCAUUGCAAUGAAAGAUUUGCUGGUACACCGGCUCACUUGA